CUGAGGCUCACAUUAGCCCUUUUGGCCACAGCCUUGUGCGGGGAAUUCAUGUCGAGCUGAUUGCCGCCCAGGACCCCCGGUCUCAUAUUCAGUCUCUGCUUCGGAGGAUAGAGUCCUCUCUCUCCCUCUCAUCCUGAUUUUAGAUAAUGGGCUGUGUGCAAUGUAAGGAUAAAGAAGCAACAAAACUGACUGACGAGAGGGAUGGCAGUUUAACUCAAAGCUCCGGCUACCGCUAUGGGACAGAUCCCACUCCGCAGCACUAUCCUAGCUUUGGUGUGACUUCAAUCCCAAACUACAACAACUUCCAUGCCACAGGAGGCCAAGGACUGACAGUGUUUGGUGGAGUCAAUUCCUCCUCUCAUACAGGGACGCUGCGUACAAGAGGAGGAACAGGUGUAACUCUUUUUGUGGCGCUUUAUGACUAUGAAGCAAGAACAGAAGAUGACUUGAGUUUUCACAAAGGAGAAAAAUUUCAAAUACUUAACAGCUCGGAAGGAGACUGGUGGGAGGCCCGGUCCUUGACAACAGGCGAAACUGGUUACAUUCCCAGUAAUUAUGUGGCUCCAGUCGAUUCCAUCCAAGCAGAGGAGUGGUACUUUGGCAAACUUGGCCGAAAAGAUGCUGAGAGGCAGCUGUUGUCAUUUGGAAACCCCAGAGGUACCUUCCUGAUCCGGGAAAGCGAAACUACCAAAGGUGCCUAUUCCCUGUCUAUUCGUGACUGGGAUGAUAUGAAAGGAGAUCAUGUCAAACAUUAUAAGAUUCGUAAACUUGACAAUGGUGGAUAUUAUAUCACAACUCGGGCACAAUUUGAAACUCUUCAGCAGCUGGUUCAGCAUUAUUCAGAGAAAGCUGAUGGUUUGUGUUUUAACUUAACUGUGAUUGCUACGAAUAAUACCCCACAAACUGUUGGAUUGGCUAAAGAUGCAUGGGAAGUUGCACGUGAUUCAUUAUUUCUGGAACAGAAGCUUGGUCAGGGGUGUUUCGCUGAAGUGUGGCGUGGUACGUGGAACGGAAAUACUAAAGUGGCUAUCAAGACCCUGAAGCCUGGCACUAUGUCUCCAGAAUCCUUCUUAGAGGAAGCCCAAAUCAUGAAGAAGCUAAAACAUGACAAAUUGGUCCAACUUUAUGCUGUGGUAUCUGAAGAACCUAUCUAUAUUGUCACGGAGUACAUGAGCAAAGGGAGUUUGCUAGAUUUCUUAAAAGAUGGAGAAGGAAGAGCUUUGAAGUUACCGAAUUUGGUGGACAUGGCAGCCCAGGUGGCUGCAGGAAUGGCGUACAUCGAGCGAAUGAAUUACAUACACAGAGAUCUGCGGUCUGCAAACAUUCUGGUGGGGAAUGGCCUAAUAUGCAAGAUUGCCGACUUUGGAUUGGCAAGACUGAUUGAAGACAACGAAUAUACGGCCAGACAAGGUGCAAAGUUUCCCAUUAAAUGGACUGCACCAGAAGCGGCAUUGUAUGGAAGGUUCACAAUAAAGUCAGAUGUGUGGUCUUUUGGGAUCCUACUGACAGAGCUGGUAACAAAAGGGAGAGUGCCAUACCCAGGUAAGAAAACAGUCUGA